UUCCAAGUUGCAACCGGCGGGUGCCUGCAGGACCCAUGUGGUUUAGAUGACAACAUCACUCCGGAAAAACCCAGAAAAUGGCCUUAUCGCACAGGUCUCCACAUGUUUCAAGUUGUGUCCUAAACUGCCGUACAAUUGCGCAAUAUCUUACAUAUGUCCACCGACCCGCAAAAUAACAUUCUUGGAUGUCGUAUUCGUGCAGCAUGUCUUUGCAAGGAACGUUCGAUGCUGUGAAAUUCUAUGCCUCGAGGCUUUGUGGCUAUGUAUUCUCUUCCGGCUUAACCCACUCGUCCUAAAGGCUAGGUCCCGAUUUACUCAAGUAUGUAUUAUAAUCGUCCAUGUGAUGCUAGCCUACGCACAAGGGGUUUUUCUUACCUCAUUUCGCACCGCGCCUCCUCCUCCCGGACGCAGCACCUCUCCACGUUUGGCAUCACACUUGCGACGUCACGGCUACCCAACAAUCUCCAACAAAUCGGUCAACACAAUGCGGAGAAGCCUCUUACUGAAUUGAAGAAGAAGUCUUUCGAAAUGGCGGAUACCGCCUUCGCUCAAGAAUUUUUUUCCACCUAUCAUACGUGACCCAUGCUGCCGCCGACAUAGCUUGAAGUUAUUUAGUCAGAUUGGAGAUAUGAAAUACCAGAUGAAGAUUCUAGUCACGUACGCAUUCCAC